AUGGCUGCUGGUAAUGAGAAGCCCAAUGAGGGUGACAAAAGGAUUUCUGCCAAUUUACUAGCCCAGACGGAGGCUGCAAUCGUAGGCAACUUUGAGGAUGAGAGACUAAGCAGGACGUCUUCGCGCGCAUCUGCGUAUCCCCAGGACUCAAGAUAUCGUCCUGGUCUAACGCCAAGAACUUCAUAUCUUGAUCUUCCGAAAGACACAGCCACCGAGGCCCCUCCUGCAUAUGGAGAUCACGCAGAUGAGAUUGAGAUGAGCCAGGACGGGUUGGAUACAAAAGCAAAGAUUACCGAUGAUGGCAGAAUCAAUAUAAACAUCAAUCAAAAAACUCGAAAAUUGUCCUCCCUAUUGGUCCCCGCCCUACGAAAUCAACUUUCGCUUGUAGCACAGGAAAACGAGACGCCAUUACCUCCAGGUUACAUACCUGAGUCAUUGGGAGGCGCUCCCGGUCAAACUCCGCCUCCUCGCUUGAAUGUGGUCAUACACGUCGUGGGUUCUCGUGGAGAUGUGCAACCAUUUGUCGCGCUAGGAAAAACAUUGAAGGCAACAUAUGGGCAUCGAGUACGGCUAGCGACACAUCCGACCUUCCAAGGCUUUGUGGAAGAAAAUGGGCUUGAAUUCUUUAGCAUUGGCGGUGAUCCCUCAGAACUCAUGGCUUUUAUGGUAAAGAAUCCUGGAUUGAUGCCCGGAUUCGACUCUUUGAAGGCUGGUGACGUGGGGAAGCGUCGAAGGGGAAUGGAGGAAAUCGUGUUAGGAUGCUGGAGAUCAUGUGUAGAAGCCGGAAAUGGCCUCGGUGCUCCACCAUCCAAAGAGAGUACUGAGAGCUUGGGUUUCGAUGCGGGCAUUAACAUGGAAACAGACCCUUCCGAUAAGCCAUUUAUCGCAGACGCUAUCAUUGCGAAUCCUCCUAGUUUUGCACAUAUCCACAUCGCAGAGAAGAUGGGUAUCCCUCUACACAUGAUGUUUACGAUGCCUUGGUCUCCAACACAGUCAUUUCCACAUCCCCUCGCUAAUAUUCAAUCAUCCAACGCAGACGUGAACAUGACAAACUUUGUUUCCUAUGCACUGGUCGAAUUAAUGACCUGGCAAGGCCUUGGAGAUGUCAUUAACAGAUUUCGUGAGCGAGCUCUCGGACUAGAGCCGAUUAGUCUGAUCUGGGCUCCGGGUAUGCUAAGUCGUCUCAAGGUGCCUUAUACAUAUUGUUGGUCUCCGGCUCUGAUACCUAAGCCCAAUGAUUGGGGCCGACAUAUCUCCAUAUCAGGGUUCUACUUCCUGUCGCUGGCCUCGUCUUUCACACCCGAGCCUGCACUCGCAGAAUUCCUCGCGGCUGGACCACCACCUGUGUAUAUCGGAUUCGGCUCCAUCGUGGUAGACGAUCCUAACGCAAUGACUACACUCAUCUUUGAAGCAGUAAAGAAGACUGGGUGCAGGGCUCUUGUCUCCAAAGGGUGGGGUGGUCUUGGAGCUGACGAAAUGGGAGUUCCGGAAGGCGUUUUCAUGUUGGGCAACGUACCACACGAUUGGCUUUUCCAGCACGUGUCAGCUGUAGUGCACCACGGAGGUGCAGGGACUACUGCGGCCGGUAUUGCCACUGGCAAACCUACAGUGGUGGUACCUUUUUUCGGCGAUCAGCCAUUUUGGGGAGCGAUGGUUGCGAGAGCUGGAGCUGGACCUCUGCCAAUUCCAUACAAGCAGCUCACCGCUGAUAAGCUAUCCGAAGCUCUUAUUGAGGCUCUUAAGCCCGAAACACUGGCCAAGGCAAAGGAGCUUGGAGCUCGCAUCAAGGAAGAGCAGGGUACAGAUGUUGGUGCGAAAAGCUUCCAUGACAAUCUUGAUAUUGAUAGCAUGAGAUGCUCUCUUGCGCCUACUAGGGUCGCAGUCUGGAGGCUCAAGCGCACACAAACUCGUCUGAGUGCUCUAGCUGCAAACAUUCUUGCUAGUGAAGGGUUACUUGACUUCGCUGACCUCAAACUAUACCGUACACGAGAAUACGAGACCGAUGACGGUCCAUGGGAUCCUAUCACUGGUGGCGCCACAGCACUUCUUGGAACAAUUGCUAGUCUCUCAAUGGGCGUAGCUGAUUUCCCAAUUGAAAUAUUCAAGCGGGCUAAGACAGCAAACAGCUCAAAACCCCAAGCAACUUCUCAGAACUCAUCUCAGGCUGAUCUUCAGGAUACGAAUGAAAAUACGGGCGAAACAACUCCAACGUCGCUAAUGAGUGCCCCAGGAUCGCCUAGACCUUCUAGAUCAGCGACUGCGGCCCCUUCGUCUAAGACUUCCUGGGAGAGCACUACUACACACAGAUCAUCUACCGACAUAGGUUCAAUGGAAAGUACCCAAACGAGUCUUGCAUCAGGCAGCGCUCGUGGUGGGUCAUUAAAAGAAGCAUUAAGGGGGUCGCUAAACAGGGCUAGAUCGCUUUCUAGAGAUCGAUCUAAAACGCGCGCCGAAUCAGGUAAUGUACCUCACAAGAGCGGGACAGAAUCUCCCUUUUCGAAGCUACGCAAGGAAUCAGAACCUGCCAUCUUCGACCCUAGCAAAAUGACUUUGGAAAACGCUGGUCGUGCUAGCAAAGGAAUUUCUAGAAUUGUUGGAGCUGGCUUAAAGUCACCUAUGGACUUUACAUUGGGCUUAGCGCGUGGUUUCCAUAACGCUCCCAAGCUUUAUGGUGAUGAUACGGUUCGCCCACAGGAAAAGGUGACGGAUUUUCAGAGCGGCUUAAAAGCUGCAGGAAAAGAGUUUGGCUUUGGCUUUUAUGAUGGCAUCACUGGACUGGUUACCCAACCGUUACGAGGUGCAGAAAAGGAGGGUGCAGCAGGUUUAAUCAAGGGCAUAGGAAAGGGUAUUGGAGGACUCAUUUUGAAGCCUGGUGCAGCUAUUUUCGGUCUUCCCGGCCAUGCUUUCAUGGGAGUGCAUAAAGAGAUUAGGAAGAUGUUUGGUUCAAGUGUCCUUAAUUACAUUAUAGCAGCACGCACAGCCCGAGGGUUUGAGGAAGCACAAGCAUGCAGCCCCGAGGAGCGUGCUGCCAUUAUCCGCCAGUGGAAAGCCCAUAAGGACGAGUACCAAAGCACGAAAAUGAAGAUCGUCGAGCAGGGAGGACCUGAGCUCAAUGAGCAUGGCUACCUCUCACCUAAAGGCUUCAUGCAAACCCGUCACCUUCCAUUUGAGGAAAGAAAGAGGCUUCACAAGGAACGGCAGACUAAGCGUCGAGAAACAGCCCAGAAAGAAGCUGCCGAGGGUAAUGGACACAAGCAUUGUCCCUUUUGUCGUCGCGAUCAACCGCAUCGUCAUACUCCUCGAGAGACCCAAGAUAAGCCUGUUGUGCCCCAUGCUUUGGAAGGCAAUAUUCAGGAUGAAUUUGAGCAUGCAAUUCAUACUUCGGUGGCGGCCACUUCUCGAGGAGACCCAGAGGAGGAUGAGAUGAUUGAACGCGCAAUUCGUGCCUCUGUGCGAGAACUUCAGGCGGCUCAAGACAGCAAACUUAGUAAUCAAGAAGCCCUCGAGCGGGCUAUUCAAGCCUCGAUUGGAGAGGCCGGUCAUCGUCCAUCCACAAGCUCCACGGAGUAUACGGAGAAAGAUGCUGAACACGAAAGAGCCCUGGAGUAUGCUAUCCAACAGAGCUUACUACGUUAUCACGUUACCGAACCCGAUGAAAACGAGGACGAGGAUGAGGCUGUUAAACUUGCAAUGAUCAAGAGUCUCGAAGGUGGCUCUGAUGUACCAGAUCCAGAAGAGAUCGACCACGCACUGCUCGAAGCCAUCGAACAAUCCAAGGCCAACGCGCUCAAAGAAAAUGAAGAUGACAAGAUACUGCUGGAGCAAGUAAUUAAACAAAGUCUCCUGGAUGAUUCUAAAGACAAAGCAUACACAAGUAGGCCUAGUACGGCUGGGGAGAGUAGUAGUGCUCCGCAUGAUGGUGCCAGAACCGCUGGCACAGGUGGAGAAACCCCAAGAGGGCGACAGGGCCCACACGAUCCGCCGCCUAAUACAGCAGUAGAAGGAGACAGUGCGGCAGAUGAGGAGGCAUUGCGGUUGGCGAUACAAGAAAGUCUGAAGAGGUAG